CGCUGAAGCAAGGACCAUCGUCACACAAUAACGUUAUACCAUCUCUAAAAAUGGCUUUGGGCGGCGAAAAUCACUCUGUUUUCAACGACGAUGAGGAGUCAUCUUCGCCCGUUAAUGGACCCUCUGUUAUCCGCAGAAAUGCCCGGGAACGCAACCGCGUAAAGCAGGUCAACAAUGGCUUCAGCCAACUACGACAACAUAUUCCUGCGGCCGUAAUAGCCGAUUUAAGCAAUGGUCGCCGGGGAAUUGGUCCCGGCGCCAAUAAAAAACUGAGCAAAGUUAGCACACUGAAAAUGGCAGUGGAGUACAUACGACGCUUGCAGAAAGUUCUUCAUGAAAACGACCAGCAGAAACAGAAGCAGUUGCAUUUACAGCAGCAACAUUUGCACUUUCAGCAGCAGCAACAGCAUCAACACUUUUACGCCUGGCACCAAGAGUUGCAGCUGCAAUCUCCCACUGGCAGCAUAAGUUCCUGCAACAGCACCAGCUCCUAUUGCAAGCCAGCAACAUCGACGAUUCCGGGAGCAACACCUCCUAACAAUUUCCACACCAAGUUGGAAGCCAGUUUUGAAGACUACCGUAACAAUUCCUGCAGUUCUGGUACUGAAGAUGAGGACAUCCUUGACUAUAUAUCACUCUGGCAGGACGACCUGUAAACUUACCAGAUAUAAAAUCUUCAGCUAUUGCUAGUCGCACCCAACCAUCACACACAUCGAACCAUUGAUUGGCCAACAAGUAUUACCUCAGCCACAAAGUAUUUAUAUUCCCUAGAACUACCUUUUUGCCUUAUAAAUUAGUAUUUAAGGUUUUAUAUAGUUUCUAAGAAUAGUUUCUAAUGGAAGACAAUUUACAUUUAAGUUUUUUUUUUAUAUAGCAUACA